CUGCAGCAGCAGCAGAGGCAGCAGCUGCCCGGCUCCACGCCGCCCUCCGCGCACCGCGGCGGAAGGAAUAGAUCGCCCAGCCCGUCCCGACCCGCCCGGCCAGCGCUCCCGCAAGCAGCCAGGGCCGGGGCGGGUCGGGUCCCCGACGGCCGGAGCCCAGGCGCCCUCCGCCCCUCGCCCCGCUCCUCCUCCGCGGAUGGGCGCGCUGCCGCCGCCCGGCCCCCUCCGUCUCCGCCGCUCCGCCUGAAGAAACUUGGGACGGCGGCGACCUCCGCCUCCCCGCCGCGCCCCGCCCGGGCUGCGGGCGACCCUUCCCCGCGCCGCCGCGCCGACUUCGCGGGGGGACCCGCCCGCCGCAGGACUCCGUGCCGGGGCCGUCGGCCCCUUGGCGGGGACCCCCUGCCCCUGGCCUCGGUGCUGGGGAGGAGCGGGGGGUGCCCUGGAUGGCCCUGCGCACUGGGACAGCUUGGUUUGGGCAGGUCCUGCGCAGAGUUUCCCGGCUUCAGGGCACCUGGUCCCGGCGCUCUAGCAGCCUCCUGUGCCUCUCUUCUUCCCAGGAGCCCGAGCAGGCGGGCGGGGAGCGACCGCCGCCGCAGCACAAGCUGCCCCGGAGCAGCGGCAGCGGCGGCGGCGGGCGCCGCCGGCCCCCCCGGCAGCUGCUCCCCUGCUGUGGCUGCUGCGGCCUGUCGGAACCCCGGGCGGCCAGGGGGGGACAUGGUCCCCUCACUCGCCCCUUGCUGGCGGCCAUGAAGAGGCAGAACGUGCGGACGCUGUCCCUCAUCAUCUGCACGUUCACCUACCUGCUGGUCGGGGCUGCCGUCUUUGAUGCCCUGGAGUCCGACAACGAGAUGCGGGAGGAGGAGAAACUCAAAGCCGAGGAGAUCCGGCUCAAGGGAAAGUACAACAUCACCAGCGAGGACUACCGGCAGCUGGAGUUGGUGAUCAUGCAGUCCGAGCCGCACCGCGCUGGAGUCCAGUGGAAAUUCGCCGGCUCCUUCUACUUCGCCAUCACGGUCAUCACGACCAUCGGUUACGGACAUGCUGCCCCCGGGACGGACGCGGGGAAGGCCUUUUGCAUGUUCUACGCGGUCCUGGGGAUCCCACUGACACUCGUCAUGUUCCAGAGCCUGGGCGAGCGCAUGAACACCUUCGUCAAGUACCUCUUGAAACGCAUCAAAAAGUGCUGUGGCAUGAGGAGCACCGAGGUCUCCAUGGAAAACAUGGUCACUGUGGGUUUCUUCUCCUGCAUGGGGACACUCUGCAUUGGAGCAGCAGCCUUUUCCCAGUACGAGGAAUGGAGCUUUUUCCAUGCUUACUAUUACUGCUUUAUAACAUUGACUACUAUAGGGUUUGGAGACUAUGUGGCCCUGCAGACCAAAGGGGCCCUUCAAAAAAAGCCUCUCUACGUGGCUUUUAGCUUUAUGUACAUUCUAGUGGGGUUGACAGUCAUUGGGGCAUUUCUAAAUCUGGUUGUUCUCAGGUUCUUGACCAUGAACAGUGAGGACGAGAGGCGGGAUGCUGAGGAACGGGCGUCCCUGGCAGGGAACCGCAACAGCAUGAUUAUCCACAUCCAAGAGGACUCCCAGCAUGGUCGGCCACGGUACAAGGCCGAAGUAACAGACCUUCAGUCAGUUUGUUCCUGCAUGUGUUACAGGUCCCACGAGUACACCAGCCGGGUGGUGUCCCACCAAAAUUCGUUCAGCUCGAAGCUGAACCCCCAGUACUUUCACUCCAUCUCUUACAAGAUAGAGGAGAUCUCGCCAAGCACAUUAAAAAACAGCCUUUUCCCAUCUCCUGUCAGCUCCAUCUCACCUGGGUUGCACAGCUUUACAGAUAACCACAGGCUGAUGAAACGGCGAAAGUCCAUUUAAAGGGAUUUGUCUUGUUUUGCUUUCCUUGUUUUUCCCAGUUCUUUGUUGUUUUGGGUUUUUUGUUCCUCGAGUGAGACGGAGCGAGGCCAAAGGGAGUAGAGCAAGCUAGUCCUCCUCUGAGACUCAGCUCUUGAGCAUGAAGCAUGGAUUAUUACUGUUCCAGCAAAGUAUGCCUUACAUUACCCCCUUGGUGGAUGUCAGAGGAUUCAAGAUGACGUGAAGUGGGUACCAAAUCCAAAGUUGCACACACAGCUGAGAGCCUUCAUGUGCCACUGGCACUCCUGACCUAACAAACUUUUUUCCUCACGAGCAGGUUGUAGUGUGUGUGCGUGUGCCUGUGUGAGUGCCGGGUGCGUGUGCGUGUUUGUGCGUGUGCAAUUCCACAACCAGUGCCAUGUGACAAAAAUCAAAGCAUCAGGUAUUACUUUUUCUUUUGCCCUUGAAGCAAUUGUGUUCCAGCCUGCUUUUUUAGAUUGCUUCCAAAAGGA